UUGACGAGAUCGCUGCCAAUCCCUGAUGUGGACAUCGUAGUUGCGGCAACUACCGGCGAUGUCGCCGUGCCAGCAACCUUCGCGGGAAUAGAGGCAGGCAAAGACAUUGCCCUUGCCAACAAAGAGACGGUAGUCGUGGCAGGUGAACUGGUAACAAAGGCGGCACGCGAUCACAACGUGUCCCUGCUGCCCCUAGACAGCGAACCCAACGCUAUCUGGCAGUGCCUGCGCGGCGAAGACCAAAGCGUCUCCAAAUUGAUCAUCACCGCAUCGGGCGGUUCAUUCCGCGAUACCCCGAUUGAGCAGCUUGCCGAUGUUACGCUUGACCAGGCGUUGCAGCAUCCCACCUGGCAAAUGGGCGCAAAGAUUACCGUCGAUUCUGCCACUAUGAUGAACAAAGCGUUUGAGGUUAUAGAAGCUCACUGGCUCUUCAAUGUCCCCUGGGACGACAUCGAGGUCGUCAUCCAUCCGCAGAGCAUGAUUCAUUCGAUGGUUGAAUUCGCGGACGGUUCGGUGAAGGCGCAGAUUAGCCCGCCGGACAUGCGCCUGCCGAUUCAGUAUGCCCUGUUCUACCCGCGCCGCCUGCAUAACCCCAACAUCAGGCCGUUCGAUCCGGUUGGAACGGGAGCGCUGAGUUUCGAGUCCCUGGACCCAGAGCGCUAUCCCUGCUUUAGCCUUGCGCUUGAAAUCGCGCGGCGCGGCGGCACUUGGCCCGCCGCACUGUGCGGCGCGGACGACGCAGCCGUCGAGCUGUUCCUCGCGGGCAGAAUCGGAUUUAUGGAGAUUCCGGUCGUCAUUGCAGAGGCAGUCCGCGAACAUCGAAACGUUGAAGAGCCAACACUGCAAGACACACUUGACGCCGCAGCCGCCGCACGCCGCCGCGCUGCCGGAAUCGUGGAGGUGUAG